GUGGGCAGCUGCCUCCUUGGGAGGACACAGUAGGUGGCUGAGGAGGAUGUCGUGCCUGGGUUCCCUCCUCCCCAUGGGCUCACUCUUCCUCCUCCUCCUCCUCCUCAGCCCCGAGGCCCGGGGAGAAUACGGCGUGGUCCACGUCGUGUCAAAGAACUGGAGCAAGGACUACUGUGUCCUGUACAGCUCUGACUACGUCACCCUCCCCCGGGACCUGCGCUAUGCCCCACUUCUGCCCUUGCAUGAUGGCACCAAGACACCAUGGUGUCCGGAUGAAGACUCUUUCCACCAGGCUCAGGACAGUUCCCCUAGACAGCGACCCCUGCACCAGACUACAACCAUGGUCACGCGUGGCAACUGUAGCUUCUAUGCCAAGGGCUGGCUGGCUCAAGACCAAGGUGCCCAUGGGUUGCUCAUCGUGAGCCGGGCCAGCAACCAACAGUGUUCAGACACUACUUCAAAGCCCCAGGACCCCAGCAAGCCCCGGCCUGCCCUCACCAUCCCAGUGGCUGUUCUCCGCUACACUGACAUGUUGGACAUCCUCAGCCACACUUACGGUGACACCAAUGUCCACAUAGCCAUGUAUGCUCCCUUAGAGCCCAUUAUUGACUAUAACAUGGCUAUUAUCUUCAUCCUGGCAGUGGGCACUGUUGCUGCAGGUGGCUACUGGGCUGGUUUGAUGGAAGCAGACAGGCUGCGGAGGCGCCAGGCCCGAAGAGGAGGGGGGCUUGGUGGUCACAAUCAACUACAAACCGCGGCAGCUGAGAGGUCCCAACGGGCCUGGGAAGAGGAAGACUAUGAAGACGCACCUGUGGAUUUCACACCAGCCAUGACGGGCGCUGUGGUCACCAUGUCCUGCUCCAUCAUGAUUCUACUGUACUUUUUCUAUGACUGCUUUGUCUACGUCAUGAUUGGGAUCUUUGGCCUGGGCGCCAGUACCGGCCUCUACAGCUGCCUGGUACCCACAGUGCGCUACCUGCCCCUGUGGCAGUACCAGUGGGUCCUGCCUGGACACCGGGCUUCUGUAAAGUUGCCAUUACUACUCCUGGCAGGCCUGUGUGCCAUGGUGACUGUCCUCUGGGUCAUCUAUCGCAAUGAGGACCGUUGGGCAUGGCUCCUGCAGGACACUUUGGGUGUCGCCUACUGCCUUUUUGUCCUGAGGCGGGUGCGGCUACCCACACUCAAGAACUGCACUUCGUUCCUGCUGGCCCUGCUGGCAUUUGAUGUCUUCUUUGUCUUUAUCACACCCCUGUUCACCAAGACCGGUGAGAGUAUUAUGGUAGAAGUGGCAUCGGGCCCAGCAGAUUCUUCAAGCCGCGAGAGGUUACCUAUGGUGCUCAAAGUGCCCAGGCUGAGCUUCUCAGCCUUGACAUUGUGUGACCAGCCCUUCUCCAUCCUUGGCUUUGGUGACAUUGUUGUCCCUGGCUUCCUAGUGGCCUACUGUCACCGCUUUGACGUGCAAAUCCAAUCUCGCCAGGUCUACUAUAUGGCCUGUACAGUGGCCUAUGCCGUGGGCCUGCUGGUCACCUUUGUCGCCAUGGUCCUCAUGCAGAUGGGCCAGCCUGCCCUGCUCUACUUAGUGUCCAGCACUCUGCUUACCAGCCUUGCUGUGGCCGCCUGCCGCCAAGAGCUCUCCCUUUUUUGGACCGGCCAGGUCAGAGUCAAGAUACCUGCUGAGCCUGUGGCACAACCAUGCAUUGCCUCUGCUGUAGGCUCCAAGAUGAAGCUGGAGAGUUUGAAGGAUUUCCAUACAACCAACAGGUUUGAGGAGGCCAUUGAUGAAGAGUCGGGGGACUUAGACAGCAACACCGGGGAUGACAUGGCAGAGAUGGUCACCCUAUCUGAGGAUGAAGCCACGAGUCCAGAGGGCCACAGUGAGAGUUCUGAGGGCUGGAGUGACGCCAACUUGGAUCCCGAUGAGCUACCCUCUGGCUCCCCGAUGGCCCUAGAGGAGCUGAUGCCUCUGGCCAUGUUGAUACCACUGAUCCCACCAAUCCCACACCCCUCUGAGUUGGGCCACAUCCGCACCCAGUCUCGGGUCCGUGAUAGCAGCCUGCCCUGGAUGGGGUUGCACAAAAGAAAGGGCUUGAAAGUGAAGAAGAGUUUGUCAACCCAGGCUCCCCUAUGAACAGAGUUCCCUCGGACCUGCACCUCUCAAAGGGCUUCCAGAACACUGCACGGGAAUGUAAGACAGGAUAAGAGAUUGGGCAUUAGAGAAACUCCCUAUCUUCCUCUGGAGUCUCUUUGCUUGUUAGUUGUUGUAAGACAACAGUAGCACAGAAUAAGUCUGUACAAAACUGGGGAGGACCCUGUGGGCUGCUACCACUUCCAAAUUAUGCAGAGAGAGAGAAUUGGGACUCAGGGACACAACUUGUAUACGUCCACUCAAGAUCUGCCCCUCCAGUGUCCUCUGGGAAGCUACUUGCCCUUUUCCCUACCUGCCUGGUUCCUCAAACCAAAGCCCCAGUUCCUUACUUUGACACAUAGCUACCCCUCCCACUUUGCCCAUCCCCUACAUCAGCACCUCCUUAUGGCUUCUUGAUCCUUUUCACAUCCUCUUCCUCUCCAUUUGUACAUGCUCUCCCCGCUAGCUGGAUGCUUUUCUUGUCACAGAAAGACUCCAUCCCCAGCAAAUCAUGAGGCUCCCUUUGGACCUCAGUUCAAGUGGGCCUGCUAAACCCCUCCACUCCAGGCCCAGAUAACCCUGGCCUUGUCCCUGAGACACUGAAUAUGCCCCUACUGUGUUCCCUGAGGUAGUAGGCACAAAAGGAGGGUCCUGUCAUCCAGAAGAAGAGCACAAGUAUAGGGCAGGCAACAACUUAAAGCCAGGAGUGCAGAGAGAUGGGGCUUCAGUGGGAAGUUUUACAGGUAGCCAGGUCCCGUGGGCUCUGUGAGGCCCCGCUGGUUCUGCGUAAUGAGCAGGGUUCUGCGGAACUUGAAAGACCCAUUGACAAAAUGUGGCUUAUAAAACUGAGUCCUCUGGAAGCAGGGGCAUGGACAGGAUGACCCUACAGUGUGCUUAAAAGCGGUUUGACCAGAGCAACCAGAGUACAGAGUACAGGAACGCCUUCUGAAGGAGGCCUUGUCGGGGAGUGGGGGCUCGUGUCUCAAGAGGUAAUGCUGGAAAGGGGCAAGAGUCAAGGAGCCGGAAAUCUCAGCCCCACACCUACUUAGAGCAGAUCACUUAGUGGAGGCCGAUGCUCCCCCUGCUCCGAUUGCUUAUCUGUAGCAUAGGAUGGGCAAUACUGGAGACUAUCAAUAGGUCUGAAAGAGGUAUCUGUCGGGUGACCAGUGCCUCACAGGGAGGAGGAGCUACAGGCUCUGUCCCCUCCUUCCUGAAAUGCUCUGGCCUCGUUUGCAUCAAUAAAGCCCUGUUACUCUGGU